AUGACACCAAUCAUUCGGUUAGAGGACGUCCACUACACCUAUAAUAGCGACAGCAACAACCCCGUCAAAGCGGUGGAUGGCGUGUCGCUGAAUAUUGAACAGGGCGAAUAUGUAGUGAUUCUUGGGCAUAACGGCUCUGGCAAGUCGACGCUGGCUAAGCUGCUCAAUGGACUGCUGUUGCCCACGGAAGGCGAUGUGUGGGUCCGCGAUUGGAACACGAAAGAACGGGCAAAUCUGCGCUCGAUCCGCUCCACGGUUGGCAUGGUAUUCCAGACGCCAGAUAACCAGAUCGUCGCCACGAUUGUGGAAGAGGAUGUUGCCUUCGGACCGGAAAACUUAGGCAUUCCCCACGACGGUAUCGUUGAGCGUGUCGAUAGCUCGCUUCAACUUGUGGAUAUGGCCGAGUUUCGCCAUCGUGCGCCCCAUUUGCUUUCGGGCGGGCAGAAGCAGCGCAUCUGCAUCGCUGGCGUGCUAGCCAUGCAGCCCGACGUGCUGGUUCUGGAUGAAUCAACGGCUAUGCUUGAUCCGCAAGGGCGCAAAGAAGUUUUGGAGAUUGCGCAGCGCCUCAACCAGAAUGAGGGCAAGACCAUCAUUGCGAUUACUCAUUACAUGGAAGAAGCAGUCUGGGCCGAUCGAUUGGUUGUGAUGGAGGGCGGCAGGAUCGCAAUGGCAGGGACGCCGCGGGAAAUUUUUGCCCAAGCCGAGCGACUGCGUGAGUUGCAGAUCGAUGUCCCCCAAAUCACCAAACUGGCCCAUGCGCUCCACGCCAAAGAUGCCAGCUUUCCACGCGAUGUUUUGACUGUUCAGGAUUUUGUUGCGGCUUUGAGCCAACGUCCCACGAAGGAGCGGUCUUCUAGAGCGGAAGGGCAGGUUGUGCAGGCGAGCACUUCCAGACAACGAGCCGAUCAUUGA